ACUCCGCCUUCAUAAACAAAGAUGGCGGUUUUCGAAAGAGAAAGAAGCGCGAAACUAACUCUGGACGAUUCCAUACCUUUAUAUUGCUUUAUUGAAACAUCCCAAAAUGUCAAAGAUCAUACGGAAUAUGUCAUUCGAGUUCAAAGGGGUCCUUUAUCGGAUAAAAGCUGGAAAAUUAUGAAACGAUAUAGUGAUUUUGUGGCAUUAGAUUAUUAUCUAAAAUUUACUACUAUUGAACUAACCUUGCCACCAAAAAAAGUAUUUGGCAAUAAGGAGAGAGAGUUCAUCGCCGAAAGACAAAGAGGUCUGCAAAAUUAUUUAAAUAGUAUAUUAUCGUAUCCCUGCUUGGCAAACUGCUUGGAGGUAAAGAGAUUCUUAGAUUAUGAAAAUUACAAGGAAAAUUUUUUGGAGAAGGCAUUAGAACAUGUGUCAAUGAUGUUCAGGGCAGACCCAACUUGGCAAGUAGUAGAAGCUAUUCCAGAUAUUGGAUGGCGUAUACGAAAAGAAUACGUUUUAACUCGCCAAGUGUCAAACCCUAAAGGCAGAUAUGUUCUCAGCUGGACAGUAUAUGGUCCAGAUGCACCUCUGGGAGAUAAAUAUUUUCAAUCUUCUCUUGAAUUAUUAUCACAAUUUCAGCACGAUUUCAUAGGAAAAAUUGACAGGGUAUUAUCAAAUACCUCUGGAGCAUUAGUCGUUAGAGAAUUUUAUGAGGGUGGAACUUUAAAAGAUAUUAUAUACAAGUCGAAGCCAAAGGUUUCGUAUUUAAAAAAAUACGCAUCAAUUAAAAAGUGUACUCCCCUCGAUUACGUCACGAUUCGUACAUAUUCAAAGCAGAUUAUAACAACUCUAAAAUAUCUAUACGAAAAGGGUUACUGUUACGGUCAUUUGCAUACUGGAAAUGUUGCUGUAGUCGAUGGUAAAUGCAAAUUACUAGAUCUUGAAAAUUUUCUUCUCGGUGUGCCAUCUCAAUAUAGACCUUAUUAUACCCAGUAUAGAAAGAUUCAGACACUUGAACAAAUAGACGUUUAUAAUUUUGGUCAUACUCUGUACGAGAUGGCUAUUGGAAAGCCAUUGAUGUCACCAAUUUGCCAAUCAUUUCCAAUAGAGUGCCAACCCGAUAUUCGUUCGAUCUUAGAAAGUAUUUUAACUAGCGAAGCUUGCAAAAAUGGACUCCCAACUCUAGAGCAACUUCUUCAACAUCCAUUUUUGUCGUCGGCCCCAAAUACAUUAUCAACUAAGCCGAUAAUAAAAAUACCGAGAAAGUUAAAAGAAUCAUUAAGAGAGGCUGAGCUUAAUUUUGAAGCAAGGUUGAGAGAAGAACAAAAAACUAUUAGUCAACAAAAAAAAAUAGAAAAAUCUCGCGAUUUUCAUAUGUCCGAUACUGAAAAGCAAAAGAGGAAAAAAGCUUUAAAGAAAUCUGGUUCUAUAAUGGAAAAAAGUAGUGAGAAUUCUAACGUAGUUGAAGAAGAGCCGAAACAAAAUGGUACUGCUCCACCCCCUCCUGUGCCUCAGGCUCCCCCACCCCCUGCUCCUCCUUCAUUAGAUUCUUCUUCAGAAACUGCAAAGUCACCUCCUGAAAACAGUAACAGAUCGGCAUUUUUAGGUUCAAUUGCGUCAUUUAAUAAAACAGGUUUAAAGAAGACAACAACUGUUGAUAAAAGUGCUCCAAAACUUUGA